CCUCAUUGUUUUUCCUCCCUGCCAGGAUAUGACCGAGAGGCCUUACAACGACCGUUACGCAUCCUCCUGAUUCUUCAGUCGAGAAAAGCUCACUCCGAAAGCACCGCUUCUUCAUGUUAGAAAAGGAAACUACCUCAACGCAGAGAAGAAGAAGAAACGGAACGCCUUGCAAUACGACAAAAACACUCCUGAACGAGAUGAGUUGUAGCCAAGGCUCCAGGACAGGGACCUGGCUUUGUUUUUCUCCCUCUCAGUAUUAAGAUGGGAAGGAUUGGAUUUGACUGACGGGUUCUGUCAAACCAGACGCGAGGGAAGGCCUGCCUUGGGCUGAGGAUCACUGUUGAGCAGUGGUCCCCAAAGAGGUUCGUUGUAGGACUUUAUUGGCGUGAAAUGGAUGCGAACAUCCGGUGCGAGCCGCGUGUGGACAGGCAAAGACGGGCAGCUUUGAAACCAUGCCUUUGUUCCGCUCCGUAGAAGCGCCAGGCCCAAAACCAACAGUAUUCUUUGCUUGAAGCACCCACGGCUUGCUUUUUUACGGUUCUCAUUUGCAGCGGGACUGCGUCUGGACGCUGAACACGGCCGGCAGUUGAGUCUCCCAAUCGCCCACUUUGUCGUCGUUUUGCGCCUUGUCGAUUCUCCCAAUUGUCCUCCUCGUUGUUACUUUGCGUCCUGCGUUCAAGUUGAUUCUCCCAAUUGCCCUCCUCGUCGUCACUUUGCGUCUUGCGUUCAAGUCGAUUCUCCCAAUUGCUCGCCUUGUUGUCGUUUUGCAUCCAAGAUGCUCUCCUCGACCAUGACGGGCUUGCUCCUCUCCUCCGGCUCGCAGAGGUAGAUUCCCGAGAGAAGAGUCCGGUCGCUCUGAGAAGGCCUUGGCCCCGCCCUUCCUUAUGUAUUGCUGCAGUGCACAAGAGAGCAAGAUGGACUACAAGCGGCGCUUUUUGCUUGGCGGGUCCAAGCAGAAAGUGCAGCAACACCAGCAGUUCCACGUGUCGGAGCUGGGCAAGGCCUUGGGCGCGGCGUCGGCAUCGGCCCCCGUCCCGGCCUCUCCGGCCUCCCCGCUGCUCUCCUCCUCUUCCUCUUCCUCCUCGUCCUCCUCCUCUUCGGCGGCAUCGGCUGCGGGCGGCUGCAGCCAGGCCACCCCCGUGGCCGACAUCCAGCAGGGCAUCUCCAAGUACCUGGACGCCCUCAACGUCUUCUGCCGCGCCAGCGCCUUCCUCACCGACCUCUUCAGCAGCGUGUUCCGGAACUCGCACUACGCCAAGGCAGCUAUGCAACUCAAAGACGUGCAGGAACACGUCAUGGAGGCGGCCAGCCGGCUCACCGCAGCAAUAAAGCCCGAGAUCGCCAAAAUGCUCAUGGAGCUGAGCGCCGGGGCAGCCAACUUCAAGGAUCAGAAGGAGUUCAGCCUACAGGAUAUUGAGGUGAGCAACGAGACUCUGCUGUAUGGCUGUUUCAUACCUGCUGCGUUUUGUGCCUUGUGUCCGAAGGCCACGUCACGACUGCGGGAAAGAGGCUGCGACGGCUGCUUGGCCGGCCUUGAGGUCCAGCAACUCUUCUGCUCCCAGAGCGUGGCCAUCCCUGAGCACCAGCUGAAGGAACUCAACUUGAAAAUAGACAGCGCUCUGCAGGCGUAUAAAGUGGCCUUGGAAAGCCUGGGCCACUGUGAAUAUGCAAUGAAAGCCGGCUUCCACUUGAACCCAAAGGCGAUUGAAGCGAGCCUCCAGGGCUGCUGCAGCGAUGCGGAGGCCCAGCAGGCCGGGCGGAGGCAGACCCCUCCCCAGCCCAUCCAGUGCGAGCUGCCCACCGUCCCCAUCCAGAUCGGGCCCCACUUCUUGAAAGGCAUCUCCUUCAACGAGUCGGCGGCCGAGAACCUCAAGCUGAAAACGCACACGAUGAUCCAGCUGAUGAAAGAGGCCGGGUGCCACAACGGGGUGACCCCGCGGGACGACUCCCCUGUGACGGAGGUCCUGAACCAAGUCUGCCCAUCCACGUGGCGUGGAGCCUGCAAGACGGCGGUGCAGCUACUCUUCGGGCAAGCUGGAUUGGUGGUUGUGGACACAGCGCAGAUCGAAAACAAAGAAGCCUAUGCGCCUCAGAUCAGCUUGGAAGGCUCCAGGAUUGUGGUUCAAGUGCCCUCGACUUGGUGCCUGAAAGAAGACCCUGCGACCAUGUCUUUGCUGCAGAGGAGCCUGGACCCAGAGAAGACCUUGGGCCUGGUGGAUGUGCUCUACACGGCCGUGUUUGACCUCAACCGGUGGAAAGAAGGAAGAGAGCAAGCCUUGCCCUGCAUCCAGAUCCAGCUCCAGCGUGAGGUCUGUGACUUCGGGGGCCACAUCGACCUUCCCCCCGGGAACGGAAGCAAGUCGAGUGGUGGCUUGCAGAAGACGUUCUCCAAGCUGACCUCUCGCUUCACAAAGAAGGCCUCCAGCGGCGGGAGCUACUCCAUCCCGGGCACCCCUUCCAAAACCCUCUUUGUCACCAAUCACCACUCGGAGGAGAAAGCCCGCCUGCAGAGUAUCCUGACCAUCGGGAGCUUCCCCCGCUCCGUCGAAGCCGCUCCGGCCGCGCCGACAGUCAACGGGCUCUUCCCGGAGAAGGCGGAGCGCGGCGGGAAGGACGCCAAGGGCAUGAAGCUGCCCACCGACCAAGAGAUGCAGGAGGUGAUCGACUUCCUCUCCGGCUUCAACCUGGGCAAGUCCCAGCAGGCCUCCCCGCAGGUGAAGCGGAGGAACUCGGUCGCCUCGUCCUCGGCGGCGGCGGAGCAGAAGCCGGCAUCGGCGGCGGCGCAGCACCAGCCUCAGUCUUCCUCUCACACGCCUUUGCACCACCUUCCGCAAGGGAUGCCUCCCCAACAGCAGCAGCAGGCACCCCAAAAGGGCCCCCAACCACCCCAGUUCUAUCAGCACUUGCUCCAGCCCAUUGGGACCCAGCAGCAGCCGCCACCGCAACAGCAGCGCCCGCCUGGCAAAUGGCCGUCCAACUCCGGCCAGCCGUCUGCCCCCGCCGUGAGCCCGGGGCUGCCUCACCUUCCCCAUUGGAGCAGCCACGGCUUCUCGGACCUCAGCUCCGACCUGUACAGCUUGGGCCUGGUCAACAGCUACAUGGACAGCGUGAUGUCGGAGAUGCUGGGACAGAAGCCGCCGCCGGGGCCCCGGAACAACACCUGGCCCAACCGCGACCAGAGCGACGGGAUCUUCGGCAUGCUGGGAGAGUUCCUGCCUUUUGACCCUGCAGUGGGCUCCGACCCGGAGUUUGCCCGCUACGUGGCCGGGGUGAGCCAGGCUAUGCAGCAGAAGAGGCAAGCCCAGCACUUCCGCCGGCCCGGCAGCAAUGCCCGCAGCAACUGGGCCCCUCCGGAUGACCCUCACCGGACCUGGCCCUUCCCAGAGUAUUUCAACGAAGGGGAGAUGGCAAACAGCUGGUCCGGCACUCAGGGAGACUCCGCCAGCUCCAGCGACGAGACGUCCUCCGCCAACGGAGACAGCCUGUUUUCCAUGUUCUCAGGGCCGGACAUCGUCGCCGCCGUCAAGCAAAGGAGGAAACACAGCAGCGGGGAGCAGGACCCGAGCACACUGCCUUCGCCACCCCUCCUCUCGGCCACAGAUGACCACAAUCAGGAAAACAAAACCAAAACCUGGCCCCCAAAAGCCCCCUGGCAACACGCGCUGCCCAACCCGGGACUCUCCUUGUUCCAGAUGACCGGUCCAGCCGGCGCCGCAUCUGGAACCUCGUCCACCGGACAGUGGAACGACGCCUUGCAGAUCCUGCAGUCCCCGGUCUGGUCCAACGACUGCGCUCCUUCCUCCUCCUCCUCCUCUUCCUCCUCCACGUUUGCCUAUGCGCCGCCGCAACCACAACAACAGCAGCAACAGCAAUCCCCUCCGCAGCACAAACCUAUGAACAAGGGCUUCAAACCGUUCCCGGUCAAGCACGAGCGCCGUCCCUCCUACAUGCAUCAAUAUUGACGGCGAGGUGAGUUUUGCCACCACCGGAGCCACGGUCAAAGCGGGCCGGACCCUAGACUUUGGCCCUGCGCCGCCUUUACGGUGGCGCAGGGCCAAAGUCUAGGGUCCGGCCCGCUUUGACCGCCGUCGGCUCCCUCCCAAACCAUUACAAACACCUUCAGAAAUCACACUUUUCUCUUCUCUCAACCCCUUCUUCCAUCCUCCCUUUUUCCCCCCUUCUUGAGAUCUUGCUAAGCAAAAAAAUAUAUGGUGCCAAGUGUCCAAACACAAAACACAACCCCCCCAAUUAAAAAAAAACUGUGAUUGACGCUCUCGCAGAACGAAAACACUGGUUUUUAAAAUAUAUUUGUCAUAUAAUAGGGUGAAAAACGAAAAGGAAACGUUGAAUGUUUUCGUUUUUGCUCCUCUUUUUUUUUUUUGCUCAGUUCUUCCUUUGGAAAUCUGCUCCGAAGAGUCGCUUUCUUUUUGUAACAUGCUACACAAAAGGAAGAGCGAC